AUGAGCUCGGAGUCGUCGACAUCCCUCAAAUGCACCAACGACAUCCCCAGCAUGCACAGACCGCACCUUUCUGACAUACAAAUCAUACGAGAACGCGAACGCGCCGUGCUCAGUCAGGCGAUUCCCGCCGUUCAAUAUCUUGGGAUGCGACCGCAAGAGAAUGGUGGAAUUCUUGGACGCAAGCACGGUCUCCGUGGCGCGGUGGUGCUGGCGAUGCUGUCUAAGAACUGGGACUUCCACCUGGGUUCAAAGGAGGAAGACAUUGCAGGUGCCGUGGGACGAGGACUGCGGAAGAAUCGGCGAAAUCUUUCAUUCCUGCUGCUAUUCAUUGUGACGGUUGCGUAG